UUCUUCGAACUUCCCCGCGAACUACGUGAUCUUGUCUACCACUUCUUGUGGUAUGAUUAUCCAGACCUGGCCGUAUUGUAUCGCGGAAAAUGGUGCGUAGUGGGUUACCAAACGAUGAAUGCGUUAUCUACGAAAGGGCAAAUUCAGCAACGCAGCCAUCGCCUUCCAGCUUGGCUGUUCAUCAACAAAUUGUUCCACAAAGAGGCCAUUUUCGCUCUCAAUGAGCGAGCAGAAUGGACUUGGUUUCCAUACUGGCGCCACCAGCCAGGCGCUGGAUCUUCAACUCUCUUUGGGCCAUCAACUUCUCAACUCGUAACCCUAAAGCUUGGAGAUCUUGCGCCCACGUCACGCCAACCUUUCGUAAUGGAGUCGCUUGCUGAAAGAGCUCGAAGUCUCAAUCAAAGCUGCCGGAAUCUUAUUGACGACCAUCGUCAUAUAUCAGCGGAUAUGCUGGCUUCAGAGAAGCCACAGGAUCUCCAUAUUUGGUUUGACCUCCCUGAAGACGCGGAUGAAGACACGUUCGAGUGCUUUGCGAACAUGGACCUCGAGUUCUUAGAAUUGUUCCAACGGAUUCAAUUAAGAGACCUAGUUAUUUACGUU